CACCAAGAGGGCUGGAGAACUCACAGAGGACGAGGUGGAACGUGUGAUCACCAUCAUGCAGAAUCCACAAAAGUACAAGAUCCUAGACUGGUUCUUGAACAGACAGAAGGACAUGAAGGACGGCAUGUACAGCCAGGUUCUGGCCAAUAGUCUAGACAACAAGCUGUGUGAGGACCUGAAGCAUCUGAAGAAGAUUAAAGCCCUUAGGGGGCUGCGCCACUUUUGGGGCCUUUGUGUCCGAAGUCAGCACACCAAGACCACUGGCUGCCAGGGCUGUACUGUGGGUGUUUCCAAGAAGAAAUGA